UCGAUUUCUAAUUCCCGCCCCCGGGCCAUUGAGAGGAGGAGGUGAACUGGUGAAGCGCGUACAGCGUACGCAAAAGGGACCGCCUGGCGGUUCCCAUUGCGAAGGGCGGCGGCAGAAGGAUGUUCCGGAACAAGAUCCUGGUGCGGUUCGCUCCGCCCGACCCACUUUCCUCCUCUCCCUUCCUCCUCCUCCCUCUCUCCAUCUCCCUCCCUUCCUCUCCUCCAUCGCCCUCCCUCUCCGUCGAGCUCGAAACCCUCUGCUGGAAGCUCUCCCGGCGGUGGCAUCUCGCUUGCCUCCCCCAAACAUCCGAGAUCUUCAUCGUCCAUCAGAGAGGUCAAUCCGAGUCCGUUGCUGAAGUCAUUAAAGCGCUCGCCGAGGCUGUGCCCGUUUCCAAUGUAGGGGUGGAAGAAGAUGUGAGGUCAGCCUCGGUGAUUGCCAAAGCGGUGGAGUGUGGUUUUAAGUCUUUUAUGAUCGAUCAUGGGUGGAGAUGUGUCGGCGACAACAUUUUUGUGGACUCUACUUUUGCUUGCAGCGAGGAGAGGACUCAUUUGUGCGCCGUUAAUGUGCAAGUACAAUCAGAAAUAGAUGAUGGUUUUGUUUUCCUUGUUUCUCCUGAUGCAUUUCGAUUUAGCAGACAUAAGAUCUCGGAUUUUAUUAGCUCCAAAAUGUUGAAAAGGUUUGACAAUGGUAAGGAAAUUGUUUUGGAGGACUACAACAUCUGCACCGCUUGCACUAUUCUUCCUUCGCUGUGUGAAGGACAUGUGAUAGGAAUAAGCAAACUACUCCCUGCUGGAGAAGAUUUUGAAAGACUGGAAGAGCUUUGGUCAUUCAAGGUGAUAAGCUUUUGUGUGAAGCUUCUUUUUCUUUUUAAUUCUUUUUUCUGAUUAUCUUUUUGCACUUUCUGAUCAUCUUCAUGUUUCUUUUAUUUUCACUUAAGUUUAAUCAAAAUCCCCAAUCUGCAGCAUGGUCUAGCAUUGCACAGCAAUUACUUCGUUGCGGUUCAGUUUUCUUAUGGAGGUCACAUGGACAAACAAUGGUUCCCAUCUGCUUUCAUCCUUCGAGGUUCAGGAUUGGCUCCAACUCCACAAACAAUUAGACACUCAAAGGCUGUGCAUGCUUUCGAGUCUUUUAUAAAAAUAGUUGGAGCUUGGAAUUUCUUCGAUCAAGGUCUAGUGAAACUUAAGGAAGUAUCUUCACUUGGUAUUAGGACGACACUACCUGUCUGGAACAAAGCUACAAAUAGCUUUCCACUGUGCAUCACAAGAGAUAAAAGCAGUCCUCAUAAUGAAGACUCUUCGAAUGAAACAUAUUUCUUUUCCAAAGACCUGAUGUUAGCUUUAGACUAUCGCACUCCAAAGCCAGCCUUGAAGUAUAGUUUUGGUAGCAGAAUAUUUGAUAGUACUGAAAUAUUGGAAAAUACUGUACCUUCGUGCAAGAAUAAUGCCAAUAAUAGUGCAGAUGGUAUCCAUAAUGGUGAAAACAUGAAUUCAAAUAUUGAAUCUCAAUCACCUAUGAAGUUUCUACCUGUUACAAAAAGCAUUCAUUCAGAUCUCAAAGUAGAUCAGACUCAAGUACCUUCCUUUACCAAAAAGAAAAUUGAGGAUUUUUGCAGAGGAAUUUCAAAUGAUCAAGGUCUCACUAAAGAGAAGGAAAUGUAUGGUGAAUCUUACAUGAAGGAAAAUCAGCUUGAACCUGUGGAUGGCAUCUCAAUGCAAUUGGAUAGGUCCAGUUUGCAUUCUAUUCCUUUCCAGAGUGCCAAAGGUUCAGAAAAGAAGGAAAUGACUGAUGCUUUUCUUGGUGGCAAUUGUUUACCAAGUCCUGGAGAAGUCCCACAGAAAGAUGCUUGGGGAAAGAGGACCUUGAACAGCGAAAAGAAGAUCAGAGAAAAUGUAGCAAAGAGCUCCAAAAGGAUGAGGGCAAAGCAAUCCGUUGACCAAUCUGACGUAACUGCGAAGGUUAAGAGUCACCAUAAGAGAGGGGAGCUGCACUCCCUUACCAUCGCAGAUCUCAAGUGUUUCCUGGCUACUAAAAAUGCAAAGGUAGGAGGAAAGAAAGAUGAACUUAUCCAACGAAUAACUGCCUUGCUUGCCUGAUCCAGUUCACCUUUAUCCAUGUUUACCGAUGUUCUUAUUUUUUUUGUCUUGUAUGGUAUUAUACCAGAAUUUCAAAAUUCCUUCCUAAGAAUCAGUUACGGCAUAAGCUUUAGUUAUUAUUGCACAAGUAUUCGUCA